UCAGCAGCAAAACAUUUGUAUUGCUAGUUUGAAGGAUUAUUUUUCAUAACUGGUGAAUUUGGAAGAAGAAAAGGGAUCAUUACGUCUGGAGAUUUUACCUUGGAUAAAAACCAUGAUGACUAACUGUUUGUUGUUCAUGAGGAAUUCUGUUUAAAAAAGCGAAGCAUUUUCUUUUCAACAUAGCAGCAGAGUUUCUGAAGAUCCUCUUUCUCUGUUUGUGCCAGUUUUUUGUCAUCUUGUUUUUUCUUACCACCAAGCCAAGGAUUUAUUUUGUAUUGGAAGUCUAUUUUUGAGAUGUCUCUGUGGAUUCUUUGAACUAGCUCGUUCAAACCUGUUGUCACCUGGUGUGCUAAAUAAUAUCAACCAAUCAACACAUUCAAACAUGAAGGAAGCAUUCACAUUUUAGCUUUCUGCCGUCCAGUUUAUACUCAGAAUGGUAAAAGGAUCUUAAUCUUGUGGUAAAAAUGACAAUGAAAAUGAACAGGAGCCGAUCUGAUUGGUCUCUGGAGGGCCGGAGGGUAAACGAACGCCGUCUCAGCUACAGAUGCACCCUCACCCAGGGCGACUAUGUGUGGUUGGACUUGAAGACUGGUCGGGAGUUUGAGGUGCCAAUCGGUGCUGUAGUCAAACUCUGUGACUCGGGACAGAUCCAGGUGCUGGACGAUGAAGGAAACGAGCACUGGAUCUCCCCCCAGAAUGCCAGCAACAUCAAGCCAAUGCAUCCCACCUCCAUCCACGGUGUGGAGGACAUGAUCCGCCUGGGAGACCUCAAUGAAGCAGGAAUCCUCCGCAACCUCCUCAUCCGAUACAGAGAAAAACUCAUUUAUACGUACACCGGCUCCAUCCUGGUGGCCGUCAACCCUUACCAGGUGCUGCCCAUCUACAAGGCCGACCAGAUCCGCCUCUACACCAACAAGAAAAUUGGUGAAAUGCCGCCCCACAUCUUUGCCAUUGCUGACAACUGUUACUUCAACAUGCAGAGGAACAAUCGCGACCAGUGCUGCAUCAUCAGUGGUGAGUCUGGAGCAGGGAAGACAGAAAGCACCAAAUUGAUCCUUCAGUUCCUGGCAGCUAUCAGCGGUCAACACUCGUGGAUCGAACAGCAGGUCCUGGAGGCCAACCCUAUACUGGAGGCUUUUGGCAACGCUAAAACAAUCCGCAACGACAACUCAUCUCGUUUUGGAAAAUACAUCGACAUCCACUUCAACAAGAGAGGAGCCAUCGAGGGAGCCAAGAUAGAGCAAUACUUGCUGGAGAAGUCCAGAGUUUGUCGACAGGCCCACGAUGAGAGGAACUACCACGUCUUCUAUUGCAUGCUGAAGGGAAUGACUGCAGAUGAGAAGAAGAAACUGGGGCUAAGCAAGGCCACCGACUACACCUACCUGACCAUGGGGAACUGCACAGUGUGUGACGGCCGAGACGACACGAAAGAGUACUCCAACAUCCGCUCUGCAAUGAAGGUACUUAUGUUCACAGACAAAGAGUACUGGGAGAUUUCUAAACUGCUGGCUGCUAUAUUACACAUGGGAAACCUCACAUAUGAAGGUAAAGUGGAUGGUAAGGAUCUGAUGAACUGUCUGACCAGCCGAACCUUGAUCACCAGAGGAGAGACCGUCUCCACCCCCCUCAGCAUGGAACAAGCUCGGGAUGUACGAGACGCUUUCGUUAAGGGAAUUUACGGCCGUUUGUUCGUGUGGAUCGUGGAGAAGAUCAAUGCGGCCAUUUACAAGCCUGCGUCCUCACAGCCCAAAGCUUUGAGACGCUCCAUCGGUCUUCUGGACAUCUUCGGCUUUGAGAACUUCACCGUCAACAGCUUUGAGCAGCUGUGCAUCAACUUCGCCAACGAGAACCUGCAGCAGUUCUUCGUCCGCCACGUCUUCAAGCUGGAGCAGGAGGAGUACAACCUGGAGAACAUCAACUGGCAGCACAUCGAGUUCACCGACAACCAGGACGCGCUGGACAUGAUCGCCAUCAAACCCAUGAACAUCAUCUCGCUCAUCGACGAGGAGAGCAAGUUCCCCAGGGUGUGUGUUCAGGGGGCUGAGACCAGGAAGCGGUCUCCCACCCUGAGCAGCCAGUUUAAGAGAUCUCUGGAGCUGCUGAUGAGGACUCUGAGCGUCUGUCAGCCUUUCUUCGUCCGCUGCAUCAAACCCAACGAGUACAAGAAGCCCAUGUUGUUUGACAGGGAGCUGUGUGUGCGUCAGCUGAGGUACUCGGGGAUGAUGGAGACCAUUCGGAUCCGCCGCGCAGGAUACCCCAUCCGCUACACCUUCGUUGAGUUUGUGGACCGCUACCGGGUCCUGAUGCCCGGAGUCAAACCAGCGUACAAACAGGAGGACCUGAGGGGAACCUGCCAGAGGAUCGCCGAGGCGGUGCUGGGCCGAGACGACGACUGGCAGAUGGGAAAGACCAAGAUCUUCCUCAAGGAUCACCACGACAUGCUGCUGGAGAUCGAGAGAGACAAGGCCAUCACGGACAAGGUCAUCCUCAUCCAGAAGGUCGUUCGAGGUUACAAGGACAGGUCGAACUUCCUGAAGAUGAGGAAGUCAGCUGUGUUGAUCCAGAAGACGUGGAGAGGGUAUCACUGUAGGAAGAACUAUGGCGCUAUGCGAGCCGGCUUCUCUCGCCUCCAGGCUCUUGUGCGUUCCAGGAAGUUGUGUGCGUCGUAUCACGUGGCCCGUCAGCGAAUCACAGGCUUCCAGGGUCGUUGUCGGGGUUACUUGGUGCGCCGGGCGUUCAGACACCGGCUGUGGGCCGUCAUCACCAUCCAGGCCUACACCAGAGGCAUGAUCGCUCGCCGGCUGUACAAGAGGCUGAAGGGAGAGUACCGGCGGCGGCUGCAGGCAGAGAAGCUGCGUCUGGCUGAAGAAACCAAACUGAGGAAUCAGAUGUCUGCGAAGAGAGCGAAGGCCGAGGCAGAACGCAAGCACCAGGAGCGUCUGGCCCAGCUGGCCAAAGAGGACGCCGAGCAGGAGAAGAAGGAGAAGGAGGAGGCUCGGAGGAAGAAGGAGAUGGUGGAGCAGAUGGAGAAGGCCCGUUUGGAGCCCGUCAAUGACUCCGACAUGGUGGACAAAAUGUUCGGCUUCCUGGGGACGACCGCCUCUUUUCCGGGCCAGGAGGGACAAGCCCCUGCUGGCUUUGAGGACCUGGAGCGGACCCAUCAGGAGCUGGAGGUGGAGGACCUGGACGAGGCUCUUCCUCUGCCUGAGGACGAUGAAGAGGAGGAUCUAUCGGAGUACAAGUUCGCUAAGUAUGCCGCCACCUAUUUCCAGGGCACCACCACACACAGCUACGUCCGGCGGCCUCUCAAACAGCCGCUGCUGUUCCACGACGACGAGGGAGACCAGCUGGCUGCUCUGGCGGUGUGGAUCACAGUGCUGAGGUUCAUGGGAGAUCUGCCGGAACCCAAGUACCACACGGCCAUCAGCGACGGCAGCGAGAAGAUCCCCGUCAUGACCAAAAUCUACGAGACGCUGGGAAAGAAGACCUACAAGAGAGAGCUGCAGGCGCUGCAGGGGGAGGGCGAGAUGCCUCCCGCUGACGGCCACAAGAAAAACAGCGUCCGACACAAACUGGUGUCCCUCACCCUGAAGAAGAAAUCCAAGAUCACUGAGGAGGUUACCAAGCGUCUUAACGAUGGUGAGUACGGUCUGCACGGCAACAGCAUGCUGGAGGACCGACCAACAUCCAACCUAGAGAAACUCCACUUCAUCAUCGGCAACGGGAUCCUGAGACCAGCACUGAGGGAUGAGAUCUACUGUCAGAUCUGUAAACAGCUGAGUCAGAACCCGUCUAAGAGUUCUCACGCUCGCGGCUGGAUCCUGAUCUCUCUGUGUGUCGGCUGCUUCGCCCCUUCAGACAAGUUCGUCAAGUACCUGAGGAACUUCAUCAACGGCGGGCCGCCGGGUUACGCUCCGUACUGUGAAGAGAGACUGAGACGGACGUUUGUCAAUGGGACGAGGACACAACCUCCGUCCUGGCUGGAGCUGCAGGCCACCAAGUCCAAAAAGCCCAUCAUGCUGCCGGUGACGUUCAUGGACGGCACAACCAAAACCCUGCUGACGGACUCGGCCACCACAGCCAACGAGCUCUGCAGCGCUCUGUCCGACAAAAUCAAUCUGCGGGACCGCUUUGGCUUCUCACUCUACAUCGCACUGUUUGACAAGGUCUCGUCUUUAGGCAGUGGGAACGACCAUGUCAUGGACGCCGUGUCGCAGUGCGAGCAGUACGCGAAGGAGCAGGGCGCCCAGGAGAGGAACGCCCCCUGGAGGCUGUUCUUCAGGAAGGAGAUCUUCACGCCCUGGCACUGCCCGGCCGACGACCAGGUCGCCACCAACCUCAUCUACCAACAGACCGUCAGGGGGGUCAAGUUUGGAGAGUACCGCUGCGACAGGGAUGACCUGGCAGAGCUGGCCUCUCAGCAGUAUUACGUCGACUAUGGUUCAGAGAUCCUUCUGGAGCGCCUGCUUAGCCUCAUCCCGUCCUACAUCCCUGACAGAGAGAUCAGCACCUCCAGGACGGUGGAGAAAUGGGCACAUUUCAUCAUGGCUGCACACAAAAAGGGCAUUUACACCCAGAAGAGGUUUGACCCACAGAAGGUGAAAGAGGAAGUGGUGGACUUCUCUCGCCACAAGUGGCCUCUGCUCUUCUCUCGUUUCUACGAAGCUUUCAAGUUCUCAGGCCCCAUUCUGCCUAAAAACGACCUGAUCGUCGCCGUCAACUGGACCGGGGUUUAUUUUGUGGACGAGCAGGAGCAGGUCCUCCUAGAGCUCUCGUUCCCAGAAAUCACCGCCGUUUCCAGCAGCAGGGGAGGAAAGUUGCAGAGUCAGAGUUUCACCUUGGCGACAAUCAAAGGAGACGAGUACACCUUCACCUCCAACAACGCAGAGGACAUCCGCGAGCUGGUGGUGACCUUCCUGGAAGGCCUGAGGAAAAGGUCGAAGUUUGUGGUCGCACUGCAGGAUAACCCCAACCCCACUGGCGAGGAGUCCACCUUCCUGAGCUUUCUGAAGGGAGACCUGAUCCUGUUGGACCAGGACACCGGAGAGCAGGUGCUUAAUUCUGGUUGGGCACACGGCGUCAACGAACGAACCAAUCACAGAGGGGAUUUUCCAGCUGACUGUGUCUAUGUCCUGCCCACCAUGACCCGACCUCAGCAAGAAGUAGUGGCGCUGGUAACCAUGACACCGGACCAGCGACAGGAGUCGGUUCGUGUUUCGCAGCUCGUCCUGCCGGAGAGCGAAGGCAGGAUAAAAGCCUACACACUGGAGGAGUUCUCCUACGACUACUUCAGGCCUCCCCCCAAACACACCCUGAGCCGGGUGAUGGUCAGUAAGAAUCGGGGGAAGGACAAGAUGUGGAGCUGCACCAGAGAGCCGCUGAAGCUGCCGCUGCUGAAGAAGGUCGUCAACCACGAGGAGCUGGCUCAGGACGCCUGCAUGUCCUUCAUAGCUAUGAUGAAGUACAUGGGCGACUAUCCGUCCAAGCGGAUGCGCUCCGUCAACGAGCUGACGGACCAGAUCUUUGAAGGAGCCCUGAAGGCCGAGCCUCUAAAAGACGAGAUCUACUGUCAGAUCAUCAAACAGCUCACUGACAACCAUGUCAAGUACAGCGAGGAGAAAGGCUGGGAGCUGCUGUGGUUGGGUACUGGUCUGUUUCCUCCCAGUAACGUGCUGCUGCCGCACAUCCAGCGCUUCCUGCAGUCCAAGAAACACCACCCGCUCGCUGGAGACUGCAUGCAGAGGCUGCACAAAGCUCUACGUAACGGAUCCAGGAAGUACCCCCCUCAUCUGGUGGAAGUCGAGGCGAUCCAGCACAAGACGACCCAGAUCUUCCACAAAGUUUACUUCCCUGACGAUACAGACGAGGCGUUUGAGGUGGAGUCCAGCACCAAAGCGAAGGACUUCUGCCAGAACAUCUCCACCAGACUGCUGCUCAAAUCUCCUGAAGGCUUCAGCCUCUUUGUCAAGAUCUCAGACAAGGUGAUCAGUGUGCCAGAGGGAGAUUUUUUCUUUGACUUUGUCAGACAUUUAACAGACUGGAUUAAGAAAUCUCGACCAGCUAAAGACGGAAUCGUUCCCUCUCUGACCUAUCAGGUGUUCUUCAUGAAGAAGUUGUGGACCAACACAGUUCCAGGGAAGGACUCCUUUGCCGACUCCAUCUUCCACUACUACCAGGAGCUGCCUAAAUACUUGCGUGGCUACCAUAAGUGUUCACGAGAAGAGGUUUUCCAACUUGCAGCCCUCAUCUACCGCGUCAAGUUUGAGGAUGACAAAUCCCAUUUUCCUACAAUUCCCAAGAUGCUUCGGGAGCUGAUUCCCCAGGAUCUCAUUCGUCAGAUGUCACCGGAUGACUGGAAAAGGUCGCUGGUUGCAUACUUCAACAAGCAGGCUGGUAAAUCAAGAGAAGAAGCCAAACUGAUGUUCCUAAAGCUCAUCUACAAAUGGCCGACCUUUGGCUCCGCCUUCUUUGAGGUCAAGCAAACCACAGAGCCCAACUUCCCAGAGAUCCUGCUGAUCGCCAUCAACAAGCAUGGAGUCAGCCUCAUUGACCCGAAGACAAAGGACAUCCUGACUACUCACCCCUUCACCAAGAUCUCCAACUGGAGCAGUGGGAACACUUACUUUCACAUCACCAUCGGCAACCUGGUCAGAGGCAGCAAACUGCUGUGUGAAACCUCGCUGGGCUACAAGAUGGACGACCUGCUGACGUCUUACAUCAGCCAGAUGCUGACCAGCAUGAACAAGCAGCGCUCCGGGCGGGGCCAAAGCAAGUGAACUUCUUACUGGCAGGAGGCCGCUGAGCUCAUCCGGCACUUGCGCCCUAUUGGCCACCACUGCAGCUGGGGGCGGACCUUUGCCCACCAGCUGUGGAGAAUGAGCCGCAGUCCUUCUGCUAGCUCCGCCGGGUCAAAGCUCACCGGGGAGAGUUCGUCUACCGGCAGCGACGACCCCGGCGAAGGCCCUAGCAACCACCAGCACUACGUUUACCACAAAGACGAGGACGAGCCGUCCAGUGAGGACGACUACCUCUGAAACCUCCAAUCUCUCCGUCACACAGGUCGGUCUUCGGCCAGCACCACUGUCAUCUCAACCUUUAAAACUUGUUGCAGUGACCCCUAGUGGCAGCCGGCGUUAGGCGUACUUUAAGGACUUGGCUAUCUGAAAAUACAUCUUUUGGUUUGCGGAGCUGUCGUGGGACCUUAUACAUCUAUAAGUGUUGAGUUUAGCAAAAACUUUAAUUAUUUUUUAAUUGGUUAAUCCAUGCUUUUAAUACCUUUAAUUAUGUUACAAGGAAUUAUUCUUAUACACAGAUGGAUAGUACUGAUAAAAAUGUGAUAUUAAUGUCAGUAAAUACAUGUACUUAAUAAUAAUAAUAAUCAUAGGCAUAUUGUCCGUACCUGUUUUCCGUCUUUCUUUGAGUGGUAUGAUUGAAGAGUUUUUUAAUUUAAUUGUAUAUUGUAUUUAAAAAGUUAAUUUGGGGAACACCGCAAAAACCCUGGCCAACCUCCAGGAGUUAACAGGUUACCGGUUUCAUCUGACGUGUGUGUGUGUGUGUGUGUGUGUGUGUGUGUGUGUGAGAAUGGGCCGAUAUGUCUACUCUUUUUUUGUUUUUUCAUUUGUCUUAAUAAAUACUGAGGUUUGCGGAUUAAUUUAUAACUGAGGUCUAGAUUUUCCAUCUUUGUGUUAAAAGUACACUUUUUUCAGCACAGUUGCCUAAACUUUACCGGUUUACCAAGAAACUUACAGGCCCAAGUGUUAGAAAAUCCCUUCUGUGCUCUCAAGGUGCCCUUCUAGUUUGUUAUUGUUUGCUGACACGUCACCUUUGGAAGCCUGCCAUUGGCUGAUUGACAGCUCGGGGGGGGGGGGGGGGGGGGGGGGGGGGGGAUUUUGGACAGACACUUUGAUUCUUUAGUGCAGCUGACUCCACACUUUUUCUACAAACAAUUUACAAAAAGGUUACUUUUAGCUUCUCUAUACAAAACCAGAUUUUUACUUAAGAUGUUUUUACUCAUAAGUCAAAGUUAAAGAUCAUUUUUAAGAAAGCUUCUAUACAUACGGCCAGAUCUGUAAAGGUUUCACACAAAAUAACUAACCUUUCGUUAAACAGAAAAGCAACAUGUUAGCUUUGUGAAACCAGUUUAAUAUUUGAAAUACACUCACCCAGUGGCUCUUACUCGACCAGUGGCCUUUCCUCCACUAUAGUUGCUUUAAAAAAAGACAACUAGUUGUUUGUUCUGUUGGGGCACAGAUUGGAUUUUUGCUCAACCAAGCUUUAACAUGUGGAAGAAAUGGGUUUUCUUGUACAUUAGGUGUACAUUAGUUGGUAAUAAAUAAUCUCAUUUUCUAUGCAACUCUUCAAAUAGACCUACAAACAUUGUGUUAAGAUUUUAGAAAAAAGACCCAGAAACUUUGCAUAUUUGUCAAAAAAUAAAUACUUUAUUUUUGUGUUGAUUCAUAAAAAAAUUAAUCUUUGUCACAAAUAUUUCUGUCUAUAUUCCUUAUUUGUUUUUGUGAAACUCAGAUCUGUCAUUCUUAAAAUCUGCCUUGUUUGUCACUUGUUGAUGUAACAAACCCUUCAUCCAAUAACCUGCACUGGUUUUGUUUUGUUUGUAUGAGUAACAAAUACACUGGUGUUUUAACAGUGCCAAUGACUUCACACUUACCUUUCUCUUCAGUUUCUCAUUCUUUUGUGGACUAAUGCAAACUUGUGUUUUUGCCUGUUGUGUUAUUUUUAAUUGUUUUAUUGUGUAUGACUGUGUACUUCCUGUAGUGUUUUCAUGUGUGUGUGUGUAAUGUGUGCUCACUUUUUUACAAACUAUUACAUGAAUAUGUUUUGACUUAUCUAAUAUAAAUAAAUGAAGAACUA